CACAACCACACAUCACAAUGCCACCGAGGAUACAUAUCAGGCCGCGGGCCCUUCGCCUUCGCACCUCGUGCUCCACCCCCGUCUCCCGAGUCGCAGUCGCCAGCUAUGCAUCGGUAGCACAUGUAAAGCCGACUCCUGCGCCUGCUUUCGAGCGAGGUGACAGGCCGGCAGCCCCAAUUGUCCUUUAUCCUUCUACACAACCUCCCUCUCACAAGCGCCCCGAGGAGCGCAAGACGCAACUGCAUAGGCAAUAUCAGUCGCUGCUCAAGUCGUCACCACUCAUGCUUAUCUUUCAACACAACAAUGUCAAGGCAGUAGAAUGGAUGAGCAUAAGAAGAGAGUUGGCAAUUGCACUGCGCAAGAUUGAUGCUGAGCGCGUAGCUGCUGACCAGGAGCCAAUCGUCGACCAAGUUAAGCUCCAGGUGAUCCAGACCAACAUCUUUGCCAGCGCCCUCAAGGUCGUCGAAUUCUUCAACCCCUCCGAACUUCCUACCGACCACUCUACCGAUCCCCGCACACCAACAACCGCACGCGUACCUUUGACCGGCAACAAGGUGGAUGAUGAGCGCUUCACACAUGGUCUUUCGAGACACGCUUACGAAAUCGCCAACAACCGCAAGCUCAAGCACGAUCUUGAGCCCCUUCUCUCUGGACCUCUUGCUGUCGUAACGUUCCCCUCCGUUUCGCCGCAACAUCUUAAGACCGUACUUUCCAUUCUUUCGCCCAUGGCACCUGAGUUCCCGGCGCCAAAGCGCAAGACGAACCCCGACUACUACGAGCCCGCAGUGCAAUCUGGUUUGCAAAAGCUGAUGCUGCUAGGUGCGCGAGUUGAGGGCAAAAUCUUCGACAUCGAGGGCACGAAAUGGGUUGGUAGCAUUCCUGGUGGUAUUGAUGGCCUGCGCGCAUCGCUGGUACAGAUGCUGCAGGGCAUCGGUGGUAGUCUUACCAGCGCGCUCGAGGGCGCGAGUAGGAGUCUUUACUUUACAGUUGAGAGCAGACGGAUGGAUAUGGAGGAGAAGGAGAAGCCUAAGGAGGAGGAGAAGAAAGAGUAGGCUCUGCACGACAUGCUUGCAAUUACUUGCGUUAGGCCAGAUGAUGUGUAUAAAUACUGUAUUAGAACGCUAAUGUGCGGCUGUCCUUGUUACAGACAAAGGUAUCUUGCAUUUGAUCAGCUGGGC